AUGGCUUCAUAAGUAUAAAAUAAUAAGGAUUAUAACCAUCUACUAACAAUUUGGAAUGAUUAUUUCAACAAACCUGCUAAAGAAACAAUCGAUCUCCAAGACAAUGUUCAUAAUAUGAUAAUCUUAUUUUACAAAUUAUUCCAAGAAAAUGAUUCAAUAAUUGAAUAUCAACAUACUCCAAAUUUGAUUGAAUGCAAGAUUGACAUCCAACAAUUAUUCAAACUCAUUGAUGAUGGUGAACAACUUCAAAGUUUAUUCAUAAAUGACCCUCAGGAUUGGAUUAACUCAAUUUCAUUGGCAAUUUCAAGUUUAAAUAAUAACAAAAAAGUGAUUUGCCGACUUCAUAAUAUUCCCUUAUCAAAAAAAUUAGCCUCACAAGAUAUUGGCAAAUAUAUAGCAAUCAUGGGAACCAUCAUUACAACUGGUUCAUCGAAAUUAUUAUUAGAGAGAGCCUGUUUUGUUUGUAUUUCAUGCGAUGAAUAUGAAAAAUAUUAUGUUAAUUCAGAUGGGUCUAUUCCAAAGGUGAAUCAAUGUAAUAAAUGCGGGAGUUCUAAUACUAUGAAGCUAGAUAGGAAUAGAAGUGAUGCUGUAUUAUACUAGAAAAUCAAACUGAAUGAAUUGUAAAUAGAAGUGGAAUUGAGAGAUCUCUAUGUGAAUUGUUUUAUGUCAGGAGAUGAGAUAAUAGUCCAUGGGAUAGUGAAGACAAUCCAAGAUGAACAAAAGAGUUCUCUGUAUGUCAAAUACAUACAAGCCUAUCAUGUUAAACAUGAAUAAAUUAAUGAAAGCUUUACAAGACAUGAAAUCAAGACAGUCAAUGAUCUGGCCAAAAGUGGAGAGUUGUUUUAUGCUUUGAUUAAUAACUUCUGUCCAAGUAUUUAUGGACAUGAGAUUGUAAAAGCUGGGUUACUUUUGUCUCUAGUAGGAGGUAGUACUUGUAACAGAAAUGCCUCACAUUGUUUAUUGGUAGGUGAUCCUGGCUAAGGAAAGAGUCAGUUAUUGAAAUUUGCUCAUUUACUUUCAACUCGUUCGAUAUACGUUUCAGGCACUGCUGUCUCACAAUGCGGUUUAACUUGUUCAGUCAAUCAUAAGAAUGAUGAUACUAUUAUAGAUGCUGGUGCAUUAGUAUUGGCUGAUAAUGGAGUUUGUUGUUUGGAUGAAAUUGAUAAAAUGUAGAGUCAACAUUAUGCUUUGUUGGAAGCAAUGGAACAGCAAACGAUCACUUUAGCAAAAAGUGCUGUUAUGUGUUAAUUCUAUGCUAGAACUACUAUCAUAGCAACUGCCAAUCCAGCAUAAGGUCAUUUUAAUAAAACUAAAUCACUAAUCGAAAACUUGAAAAUUUAAAAUACGUUGUUAUCUAGAUUUGAUUUGAUUUACCUGUUGAUAGAUGAACCAGAUAUGGAAAGAGAUUAGAAGUUGUCUGAACAUAUCAUGAAUUUUCAUAAUAUGAAAACUUCAAGAAUCAAAUUCAAUAAUACUGAUGAUGUGAAAACUCCCAAUGCCUAUAGAACUUUAAAUGAACGUUUACACUCCAAUCAAAUUAAUUAAGAAUUGCCAUAUCAAUUGAUGAAGAAGAUUAUUGCCCAUGUAAAAAAUAUUAAAUCGGUGCUUACUUUAGGAGCCUAAAAGCUUAUAGCUUCUUAUUACUUGAAAAUUAGACAAACUGCAUUUGGAAUGCCAAUUACAAGUAGAUAAUUAGAAUCACUUAUUCGAUUGUCUCAAGCAAAGGCUAAAUUAUGCUUGAGAUAAGAAGUAACUGAAGAAGAUGCACAAUUUGCAAUUGACAUUUUUGAAGAAAGCAGAUUCGAUUGUUUUAUCAGUGGAUUGGGCAAUCAAUCGACUAACAAAAAGGGUUAAGCCAGUUCGAUCAACAAUUCCAAAAACAUUGGUACCUUAUCAAAACCCAAGCAAACUUAAAUCUUCUUGGAUGAAUUGCAUAAGGUUUCAUUGUAGAAGGAUUCCUAUGAAUUUUCAAUGGAGGAAUUGAAGAACACUGCCAGAAAGAUAAAUCUAUAAGUUGGAGAUUUAGGUGAUUUCAUAAGCAAAUUAAAUUAUGACUGCAUGCUCAUCAUGAGAGGAAACAAUGUUUAUGAAUUAAACUACAAAAGAUGA